GAAAGCGGGAAAACAGAGAGAGAGAGAGAGAGAGAGAGAGAGAGAGAGAGAGAUGGGAGCAGGAACAAGGAAGAAGGUGCAACGGAAGUUCAAGAUAAGGGGAUAUGCACUGAAAGUAGAAGCUUUGGAAGAGAUUCUCUCAUUCCUCACCCGAUUCGAAGACGCUGAAGACGAAGCCCUCGAUCUCCUCCUCGACGAGAUCGAAAAGGAAUCCCUUAAAUCUUCUAUCCUGGACAAGGAAUCCAUCCACCGUGUUGUCAGCCUUCUACUCGAAGCUGAAGCUGCAGUAGAGACAAGUACCAGCUCCAGCAACCGGUCUGCACUUCGCAUAAUAGACUCCUUUCUAAUUCCUAAAUAUUGCUAUGAUCCUAUCAAGAAGGUCUUUUACGAGCACACAGGGAAGCUACCAAUUCAUGGUGAAGCAAGCGCAAAAGCUGCUUUGUACCGGGACAGAUUUCAGUUGUUGCUUCAGAGGCUAUCUCGUGAUCGUCAUUUUUCUAAACCUGCAUUUGAUGCUGAAAUGACUCAUUCUGGAAACUGUGAGAUAACUCCCAUUCAAUCUCUGAUCGGAUGCACAGGGAGGAGAUGGAUCAUGGGGGUGAUAUCUCAAUUGGAAGAUGGUCAUUUCUUCUUAGAAGAUCUAACUGCAGCAGUACCAGUCAAUUUGUCCAAUGCAAAGAUCACUUCGGGAUUCUUUGUGGAGAACACCGUAAUUGUGGCAGAAGGCGAGCUGCUCCCCAAUGGCAUUUUCCAGGUAAAUACAUGUGGGUUUCCCCCAUUAGAGGAUAGGGAUUCCUCUCUUGCACUCCUUGUCGGACUUGACUUCUUUGGUGGCGGUUCUCUGUCAUCAGAAGAAACUCUCAGACUUGCAGGAUUGGAAAAGAAGGCAAUCAAUGACAUGUUUGUCAUUCUCUCUGAUGUUUGGCUAGACAAUGAAGAGACCAUGGCAAAGCUAGCUGCUGUCUUGGAUGGUUAUGAGACCGUGGAGGUUGUGCCUUCUCUGUUUGUUUUGAUGGGAAAUUUCUGCUCUCGCCCCUGUAACCUGGCCUUCAACUAUUUCUCAAGUCUCAGAUUGCAGUUUGGAAAGCUCGGGGAAAUGAUAGGAGCCCAUCCGCGGUUGAAAGAGCAAAGCCGAUUUCUGUUUAUUCCAGGUCCUGAUGAUGCAGGCCCAUCAACUGUUCUUCCAAGGUGUGCCUUACCAAAAUAUCUAACAGAAGAGCUACAAAAGCACGUUCCCACUGCCAUCUUCUCAAGUAAUCCUUGCAGAAUCAAGUUCUAUACCCAAGAAAUUGUAUUUUUCCGGCAAGAUCUUCUUUAUAGAAUGCGCCGCUCUUGUUUGAUACCCCCUUCGAAGGAAGAAACCAGCGAUCCUUUUGAGCAUCUUGUUGCUACCAUUACUCAUCAAAGUCAUCUUUGCCCUCUUCCUCUUACCAUACAACCCAUUAUUUGGAACUAUGAUCACUGCCUGCGAUUGUACCCGACGCCACACACGAUAGUGUUGGGGGACCGGAGUGAACAGAAGGCGUUCAAGUACACCGGUGUCACCUGUUUCAACCCAGGUUCCUUUUCUAAUGACAGCACAUUCGUGGCAUACCGUCCUUGCACCCAAGAAGUCGAGUUGUCAGCCCUCUAAAAUUUAGUAGUUCUGAGCAUUCAUCGAUCCCCAUCGGGAUUCGAAUGGUGAAAUGCAACUCUUAGCUGAUCUCACCCUCCUGAUGAAUGCAAUCCAUGAACAUGAGAUUAGAAAUUUCGGAUCCAUACAUGCCAUGGCCAGGGUCCAGAAUGCAGGCUUGAAGAUGGAUCAUCUGACCAAGGGCGGGAGCGGUGGAAUGCAAACAUGGAGGCUUUCAUCAGUGAUUGCUGCAGGCACCAUGCUGAACAUGGAUUCAGCUUAUUGUAUUACUCAUUGAGGAUUGAUUUUUGUAUUAGUAUGAAAAAAUUUCUAUAUAUUUAUCUCUAAACAAAAGGAAAUUCUUGAAGAAAGACAACAACCAGAAAUGGGUUCAAAAUCAAA